AAACAUACGUAUUUUACCCAGACAGACUGGCUCUGUUGAGCAGUUUGAUAUAUAUCAGGAUUCUACAAUUGCUAUCACUGGCGAUAGUCACUGGCGACUGACUCAUCAGUCGCUGUUAUACAAGCCGCUCGGUUCACUAAGUUGUGUUUACAGCUGACGUCAGAGGUCGCGGCGAGGGAAGAGGGGAAGUGGGUGAGCUCUUCAGAUUUGACCGAUGUCAACCCGCGCGUACAGUCGUACCACGACACCCCUCUCCAAAACUGCUACCUCUCCUGUCACUAUGUGACGGUUUUCCUUAUCAAGCUACCAACCGAUUUACCGUACAGACAUUGGAGACAGUGUUUUUAAGACAGUAAUGCGGAAGCUGGCGAAUAACGGCAGUUCUAGAGGCCCGAAUCUGCCAUGAAUCUGUCGUUGUCCGGCUGUGGGUUCUUAGGCAUUUAUCAUAUCGGAGUGGCCAGUUGUUUUAAAGAAUACGCACCUCAUCUGGUGACUGGCAAGAUCGGGGGAGCCAGUGCGGGAGCCAUCUGUGCCUGUUGUUUUAUAUCUGGAUGCUGUCUGGGCCAGUGUACAAGUUUUAUUUUGCGGCUGGCCUCCAAGGCGAGGUCCAAUUCUCUGGGACCUCUCCACCCCACGUUCUAUGUUCUGAAGUUGGUGCGUGAGGGCCUCAGAGAGAUCCUUCCUCCUAAUGCCCACGAGAUCGCCUCCGGGCGCCUCCAUGUCUCCCUCACUCGAGUCUCUGACAGGAAAAAUGUUGUGGUGUCUCAGUUUGACUCGGUUGAAGAGCUGUUAGAUGCAUUAAUAUGUAGUGCUUGGGUUCCAUUCUACUGUGGAUUAGUUCCACCAACUUUUAAAGGAGUGCGCUAUGUGGAUGGAGGACUUAGUGAUAACCUCUUGGUUAUGGAUGAGAACACAGUCACUGUGUCUCCGUUUGCAGGGGAGAGUGACAUCUGCCCGACAGACACAUCCAGUAACUUCCUGCACAUCACAUUGGCCAACACUAGCCUGCAGUUCACCACCAGUAACCUCUACCGUCUCUCUCGAGCUUUGUUCCCGCCCCACCCCGAGAUCCUCAGUGACAUGUGUAAACAAGGCUUUGAUGAUGCGUUGAAGUUUCUGCAGAGAAACAACUUGAUCAGCUGCACACGGCACCUCAGCAUCCGCACUUCCAUCACCCCUGUGACUAGCGGCCGUUACGCUGACGAUGAGGUGGACGCAUGCGGGGAUUGUGAGGAUAUCCACUGCCAUGACUGUAAUAAGAAGAAGCAGGUGGCUCUCAUUGACUCCUUGCCUCCUGCUGUCGUAGCUGCUCUAAAGGCUGCUUGUGAGUCGAUGGAGCACGGAAUUCUGGGAUACUUAUGGAGCACACGCCCUGUGCAGAUUGCUUCCCUGCUGGCUACUCCCUGGGUCCUGCCACUAGACAUCCUCUACAACUUUUCAGUAAGAUUUCUACAGUGGGUUCCCUACAUGCCACAGGAUGUGCAGCUGGCCUCCAAACAUCUGAAAGAGGCUGUUAAACUCCUGGUGCAUCAGAUCAACCAUCAUGGGAAGAAGUACAGUGCAAAGUUUUCCUGUCAGGUGGCUAUAUCAGAGGUGAACUAUAACCAGUGUGAGCCAUUGAUGGAUCUGGACGACCCGGACAUCAGCAGCUAUCAGCCAUACCCCGUCGUACGUAACCUCAACAUCGGAUUUGCCGUGAACUUUGAGACAGACACCAUGAGCUUCCCUCCUUCCACUUCCUCGGCCCUUCGUCAGCUGGAGGGGAAGAUCGAUCACCUGGAUAUCGACAAGGUGGACAUUAACAGCGAGGGGCCAGGCUGUAGUCUGACACUUCACGCCGAAGGCCAGGACCUGGGCAACAGUCGCGACAAUUUCCUCACCUGCCAGCAAAUCUUUGACACCUUCGACCACUGCCUUGAGGUUUCCCACCAGAUGGAGUCUAUUGUGGCCUUCCAUUACCACAAUGGUAAGAAGAAGGAGGGCAGUGUCAAUGUGCGAGAGGUGUUUAAUCUGAAUGACAUGGACAUCAAUGUUCCUGCACUUAGCGGGCCAGGAGAGAGCGAACCGUCCGAUCUCACCUGGGAUAACUUUCUGGAGAUGGAGAGAGAGCAGGAGCUGGACAUCGAAGACUGUUUAGACUCGGGCCCUAUCGACUUUGACUCGCCCAUUGUGGACGCUGACAAGUAGAGCUGGUCAUAAUGACAUGUACAGAUUUUCUAUGAAGUAUCUACAAGAUGCAAGUGGAUUUAUCAGCCCGUUUUACGUGAUUAAACUUGCAGGAAAAUGAUGCCACUGAGUAUACAUACACAUGCCUGCACAUUGCUUAAUCUGUAAUUUUAGGAGGCAAUGCUUCUCAGGGAAAUUGGUGUAAAUAUUUUUAUGUUUUUAGAGUUUUACACUGCAUUGUUGUUGGCUGGUGGUGUGCUAAAACACUGGAGACAGAUGUUUCUUUAUUGGUUUUUUUGUUGAUUUUGUGAAGUUGGUAUUUUAACUUAUUUCCAGUUCAGUUUUAACCUUUAAACUCCCAGGCACAGUGCUACCAGUAUGUUUAUGGUUGUUUAAGGAUAGCACCUAAGUACAUGCACAUGUAAAUAUGAAGAGCAUUAUUUACACGUCUUUGACCAGUUUGCAUAUUUUAAAAGACUUGUACUGAUGUUAAAGGUGACAUGGUUGAUUUGUGUGAAUGCUUUGUAUACUUUCUUACAAACUGAAGGCACAUAACCUUCGAAGAAUAAUGUAAAUUUUUAAAGUAUGUACAGUAUUCCUUGGACAUCAUAUCCAAUCUUAAUCUGUUUGAAAGAUUUUAGGUCAUCUCGCGUAUUUAUUCAUAUUUAUCCUCCACAUGCUAUUUAUUCUAACAGUGAUGCUUUUUGUGUACAUAACUUUUUCCUCUCUUCAGCUGCCAUGUAUAUCUGAUGUAUGAUCAAAAUUGUACACACGAAUUAAGCUAUGCACAAAUAUGUAAAUAUAGGUCAAGAAAUAAAUUCAAAAAUUGUCAGCAAAACCAAAAUAACUCCUGUUACUAAAUGAAGGUGAAGUAGCAUGUAAAAACAGGCUAGUCAGGCCCGGUCCUCAGCAAAG